AUGCCCAAGCUUUCCCUCUGGCGAUCUGUGAUACACCUAGAGCCCGCAGAAUGGGACAUACUCAUCGUGUCGACAUGUCUCAAGCUCCUCCUGUUUCCCGCCUACCGGUCGACCGACUUUGAAGUGCAUAGGAAUUGGUUAUCUAUCACGCACUCCUUACCCAUAUCCAAGUGGUAUUACGAUACAACAUCUGAGUGGACGUUGGACUACCCUCCAUUCUUCGCUUACUUCGAGAAGCUCAUGUCGAUACCCGCAUACUUCAUCGACCCUCGCAUAGUCGACCUAAACAACUUGAAUUACGCCGCGUGGUCGGUUGUUGCGUAUCAACGCACUACCGUGAUUCUGACCGAACUCGUACUCGGCGCUGCCGUCUUAAGAUUUAUUCGAGGUGCUACUGAUCCAACAACACAGAGAAUUAUAUCUGCGUCUCUCUUUCUUCACCCUGGCUUUCUCAUCAUCGACCACAUCCACUUCCAGUACAACGGCUUCAUGUUCGGAAUCCUGCUGUGGUCCAUCCUCAUGGCGCGUAACGACAACAAACUCGCAAGUGGAUUUCUCUUCGCCGUUCUCCUGAAUUUCAAGCACAUCUAUAUGUACCUCGCCCCCGCAUAUUUCAUCUAUCUCCUGCGUUCAUUUUGCUUGUCUCCGUCAGGCGCGCUGCUUCCUGCACGUUUCAUCGCCCUUGCGAAUGCCGUCAUACUUGUCUUCCUAGUCUCGCUUGGGCCAUUCCUCUUGAUGGGCCAGCUACCUCAACUCCUAAGCAGACUAUUUCCUUUUACCCGUGGGCUUAACCAUGCAUACUGGGCGCCGAAUGCAUGGGCACUAGUUACAGCGGCGGACAGAGUCCUGCUCAAAUGUAAGUCUGCUCUGGGUUCCUUAGCUGUGAACUCGUCUGGCGUUGCUUCGACGUCCCGUGGUUUGGUCGGCGAUACUGUCUUUGCCGUUAUACCCAAUGUGAAGCCUAUCCACACGUUCAUCAUCACCAUUGCAUUCCAAGCAAUUUAUCUAGUGAAACUCUGGAGAACACCUACAUAUAAAUCGUUCUUAACGGCGCUCACACUCUGCGGAUAUACAUCCUUUAUGUUUGGCUGGCAUGUCCAUGAGAAAGCAAUCUUGCUUGUGCUGGUCCCACUGAGUUUAUUGGCCGCUGAGAAUCACGCAUACUUCAGAACUUUCUUGCUGGCCUCUGUUGCCGGAAUCUUCUCUCUGUUCCCUCUCUUGUUCACUGCACCAGAAACGCUCAUAAAAGUAAUCUACUCCGUAACAUGGGCUAUUUUCAUAUUUAUACCACUGCAUCGACGCGUUUACGAGUUUCCUCGGUCUCUUCCUUUCGUCAUCAUUGACGGGCUGGAGAAAUUGUACCUUGCAGGCUUCAUACUGCUGCAAGCAUUCGUAACAUUUUUCCCAGUUGCCACGCGUCAAAGUUCGGCGUCGCUGGAAUUUCUGCCAUUGAUGCUGACGAGCGUGUAUUGUUCGGUUGGACUGGUGUGGGCUUUCUUACGAUUAUCCGUACUCUACCUUAGGGGAUAG